GGAGCGGGUCGCGAGCGGCGGCAUCUCCCAGUCCUCGUUUCCCGCUCUCAAUUCUGUCUUUUUUUUUUUUUUUUCCUCUAUGACAGACUUUUUUUUUUUCGUCCGGGGAUUACGACGGAUUUGUCUGUGCAUGUGUGUGUGUGUGUGAGUCUUUCCAAGGUGGAUCCCUGAGGAGAACAGACGUGUUUUUCGGGAAUUGCUUACAUUAAAACAUGGGAGAAUCGAAAGAGAGUGGAGCUUAUGUCGACUAUUUGGACGAUGAGGACAACAAAAGCGAACAGAGCGACCUCUCGGCUUCCGCCACUGAGGCGUCUUCCCUGGUGACGAUCAGCGCCGGCUGCUGCACCUUCAACCCCGUCAGCGCCUCCGGCAAGAAAUGGCACCAGUUCCAGAUGAUCCUGCUGCCCUUCAUCCCCAUAGCCGCCCUCAUCAUCCAGAACUGCUGGUUCAUGUCCACCGUCGCCAAGCACCAGCACGAGAUGCAGACGCUUGGAAAACAGGUGGACGGGACAGUGGAGCUUGGAAUGCUUCUGACGGCAUUACAACUCGAGCGCGCCGACGUAGCCUACUUCGUUUUCAGUAAUGGGACCAAACUCAGGUCAGAAACCAACAUCACAAGGUCGACUUUAGCGGAAACGUUCCGGCGGACGGAUGAGAUUCUGGAGAGGCUGCACUCAUGGCCCACGUUCAAAGACAGUCAGCCGGACGAGUUGCUCUCUUCUAAGCUCAGGUUCCAGAUCCAACUAGAAGACCUCAGAGAAGUCACGGAAUUAAGGAAAAGCACUAAUGACAAAGACGACACAGUGAAGCAAAAGAUGGACUGGUACAACGUCAUUACCUACCACAUCAUGGAGGCCAUUAUCAGUAAUAUCAAAGAUGUAAACGUCACCAGCGUUUGGAAGCUGCUGGUUGCUUACAAGGACCUGAUCAGGUCGGUGGAGUACUUCGGGAUCGUCAUGAUGGAGGGCCUCAACUUCUUCGGCUCAGGGACGCUCUCUCAGGACAGGUUCAUCAACUACGUCACGCACGACACCUUGGCCUGGAAGUCCCUCAACCAGACGAAGGACUUCGUCAGCGCCAUCAGGGACAAAGUCGAGGAGUACAACGAGAAGUACGAGGAAUUCAAGAACAUUACCGAGUGGCGGCUCCUCAUUCUGGAAAACAGAGCGCAACAGUCGGACCUGACUGUGGCUGACGAUUACUUCUACGUGAUGUAUCGAUUUACCGACGAACUUAGAGACCUCCAGUGGUAUCUCUUGGACGUUAUAAAAUCUUACAUGAAAACCGAAACCAGGGGAGCCGAUACAAAGGUCACAGUUUCCAUCAUUGUCAUGGUGAUGGUGUUCAUUAUCUCGCCGCUCAUCAUUGUCCUCGUAAGACACGCCACGUACACCAUUCAGAUUUUCGCUUCCACACUCGCAUCAAAAGGCGCUGAGCUCAAGAGUGAGAAAAGGCGAUGUGAUCGACUCAUACAUCAGAUGCUUCCUAAACCAGUCGCUAUACAGCUCAAGAAAAAGAAAGCUGUUCCUGCUGAGUCGUACAAAGAGGUUUCCGUCUACUUUAGCGAUAUCGUCGGGUUUACUGAUCUAUGCUCUGAUUCUGAGCCAAUGCAGGUGAUAUCUUUCCUGAACUCCCUCUACAAAUUGUUCGAUUCUAGAAUAGAAAACUAUGACGUAUAUAAAGUGGAAACAAUUGGUGACGCUUACAUGGUAGUUUCCGGUCUUCCGCAUCCGAAUGGUCACAGGCACGCGUCCGAACUGGUGAAUAUGGCACUGGACUUGAUUGAGGGCGCCGAGGAAUAUAGAAUUCCACACAGACCGGAUCGAUCUCUCCAAAUUCGAGCGGGGAUCAAUUCCGGCCCGUGCGUCGCUGGUGUCGUAGGAACAAAAAUGCCACGUUAUUGCCUUUUUGGAGAUACCGUGAAUGUUGCGAGCAGAAUGGAGAGCACUGGCGAAGCAAUGAAAGUCCACAUUUCUCAAACGACGAAGGAGAUUCUGGAAAACAUCGGCGGCUACUCCUUCGAGUUCAGGGGUUACCAAGAAGUCAAGGGCAAAGGAGCGAUGCCAACGUUUUGGGUCUCAGGUGCUCCACCAUCGAAUAAAAAGGGCAUUAGGAUACCCGUCAAGAGUGCCCUGGAGCAGUAGACAGCAAAGCGAAGCCGCUGCAAAAAAGGACAGAAAAAAUAAGAAAAAUCAGGAAUAUUUUCCGAGGAAUAUCGUUUCUAAUCUCUUCUCGCCAAGGCAAUACACGUACGUCUGCCUUGCUUAUCUUUCUUCUUCUUUGCGCUAUUUUUGAGAUCUUGACUACUGUUGCAACUGCUACUACUGUUACUACUACUACUAGUACUUCGACAUUAUUCUGUCACUACUAACUCCGAUGAUGAAUCUGUCAAACAGUGAAUCCGAAGUUUGUACUUGAGUAAAAUAACUUUUUAUGAAGUGAACUUUUGCCUCCAGGACAAACUCAUUUCAACUAGAGGAAGGUCACAGACAUCAGGAAAAUAAUAUCGUUGGUGUCAAGAACUAUAGGCCUAACUUCACUGAGUUUCCUGGCACAGUGGCAAAAAACUGCCAUGACCAUAGUUAGUCAUAAUAUAUAUAUAUAUAUAUAUAUAUAUAUAUAUAUAUAUAUAUAUAUAUA